AGUGUCCCUCAGCUCCUCGGGCGCGCGCCCCCAGCUCAGCCCGGCGCUCCCAAACUUGGGUCCCGGCAGAGCCCGGGUCCGAGACUGAGUCCUCGCUGCCCAACACUAGCCUGGACGGGACGGGCCGGGCCGGGCCGGGACUGGACCGGACCCCGGGGGACGCUCCGGACCGGGAGCCGCGGGUGUCGGGCCCCGGACUUUGAGACGCCGGCCCCGAGGGGUGAGGGGCGGUGAGCGACCCCCCCCAGCCCAGCCCCGGUACCCGGGAUGGAGCCCCGAGCUCCGGUAGGGGCUGCCGGCCGCCGCGUCUGAGGGGAGGGGGCCCAGGCGAGGGGAGGCCAUGACCUCGGUGUGGAAGCGGCUCCAGCGCGUGGGGAAACGCGCCGCCAAGUUCCAUUUCGUGGCGUGUUAUCAGGAGCUGGUGGUGGAGUGCACCAAGAAAUGGCAGCCGGACAAGCUGGUGGUCGUGUGGACCCGGAGGAACCGGCGCAUCUGCUCCAAGGCCCACAGCUGGCAGCCCGGGAUCCAGAACCCUUACCGGGGCAUGGUGGUGUGGAUGGUGCCGGAGAAUGUGGAUAUCUCCGUGACCCUGUAUCGGGACCCCCACGUGGAGCAGUACGAGGCCAAGGAAUGGACGUUCAUCAUUGAGAAUGAGUCCAAGGGGCAGCGCAAGGUGCUGGCCACGGCGGACGUGGACCUGGCCCGCUACGCGGGGCCCGCGCAGUCCCAGGCGCCCCUUCGGUUGAAGCUGAAGCCCAAGUCGGUGAAAGUGCUGAACGCGGAGCUGAGCCUGACCCUGCUGGGCGUCCUGGUCAGGGAGGGCCGAGCCACGGACGACGACAUGCAGAGCCUGGCCAGCUUAAUGAGCGUCAAGCCCAGCGACGUGGGCAACCUGGAGGACUUCGCUGAGAGCGACGAAGAGGACGCCGCGGGCCAGGGGGCCCCCGAGGCCCGGGCCAGGCCUGGCCAGCCAGGUCCGGCCGCGGCCCCGAGGUUGGGGCAUUUCCCAGAUCCGUCCCGGGAGCUGGACACUGUGCGCGAGGAGGAGGAAGGAGGCAGGCCUGGCUCCGGGGCCGUUUCCAAGAAGGGAGCAGCGGCCUCUGCCCAGCCCGCUGCCCCGGCCCAGCCGGCCCAGGCUCCGCUGGAGGAGGGCGGCGUUAAGGAGCCCGGAGCAGCCCCUGUAAGUGCCCCUGCCUCUGCCCCCGCGCCCCCUCUCAGGGCUUCCCGGGGCCAGGGGGGCAGGGGGCAUCGCGGCCCGCCGAGCCCGGGGGGCCAGCCCAGGGAGGAGGCGGAAGCGGCCGGGGGCAGGAUGGGCACCGAGGCCCAGCCGCUCCAGGGACCCGUGCCGGAGAUGAGGUCCCCGUGGCGACCCCUUGAGGAUUCCCCCGUCCCCGCCCCCCGGCUCAGGAGAGUGGCCACCGCCCCCCUGCACCCAGCCCUUCCGCACCAGGAGGAAGCCCCAGGGGGCCCCCCAGGGGAGCAGGCGGGCCCCGGAGCGGGGGGAGCCCAUCAGCUAGAGCUGGGAGCAGGAGAGAGAGAGCAGGGCAGCGGCAAAGCCAGGGACGCUUCCCGGGAGGGGCGAGGAGGAGGGCGAGGAGAGGAAGGAGCGCCCGCCCCGCCGGGCCCGAGGGCCCGGGACGGCGACGGAGGCGGGCGGGGGAGCCCGGAGCCCCGGCACAGGGGGCGAGGAGGAGGGGAGGGGCAGGGCCAAGGCGCCAGGGCCGGGGAGAAGCGGGCCGCCAGGGGGCCAGACGCCAGGCAGGAGGCCGCGAGGGGGCCGCGGGCCUGGGCCCAGACGGAAGCCCAGUUGGCGGCAGCCACUGACCGGGCCCCCCCGGAGACAGCCGCGAGCCAGGAAAUUAGGGGGCCGGAGGCUAGGGGGGCAGAGGAGCCCACAGAGAAGCCCGGGGCCCAGGAGCCCGGCCCGGAGGAGCCCCGGGGGCCAGGCCCGUGUCCUCCAGCCCAGGCCAGUGAGAGCCCGCAGGCCCCCAGGCCGGUCCAUGGCACUGGGCCGGGGGCUGAGGCGGGAGCUCCCGGGGGCGUAGCUGAAAGAGCUUCAGGACAGGAGGACGGUGGGAGAGCAGAGGAGAGGGGCCAAGAGGGGACAGGGGCCCUGGGGGUCCCUCCCACGGGAGCCGAAGGCACCAUGGCCCAGGUGAGCAAGAGGGGCGCCCAUCCAGGGAGCAGGGACAGCUGGGAGCGUGGGGCCGGGGCCGGGCCAGCAGCGGCUGAGGAGGCGGGCUCCGGGACGCGGAGGGACAGCCAGGAGGUCAGCUCCAGCCAGUCCCUGCUGGAGUGGUGCCAGGAGGUCACGGCGGCUUACCCCGGGGUCCGGGUCACCAACUUCACCACGUCCUGGCGCAACGGGCUGGCUUUCUGCGCCCUCCUGCACUACUUCCACCCGGACAAGAUUGACUUUGCUGCCCUGGACCCCCAGGACAUCAAGCAGAACAACAAGCAGGCGUUCGACGGCUUCGCGGCCCUGGGCGUCUCGCGGCUGCUGGACCCUGCGGACAUGGUGCUCCUGGCCGUGCCGGACAAGCUGAUCGUCAUGACCUACCUGUGCCAGAUCCGGGCCUUCUGCACGGGCCAGGAGCUGCAGCUGGUGCAGGUGGAGGGCGGCGGCCGGGCCAGCACCUACAGGGUGGGCGGCCCCGAGCCCGAGCUGCCCGCGGCCCUGGGCUCCGGCCACCUGGCCCAGCGUCUGCGCGAGCGCGGCGGGGACGUGGUGGGGGUCGCCCCCGCCAACCCGGGCCCCUCCAAGGAUCCCGCCAAGGCGGCCGGGAGGCAGCCCAAGGAGGAGGCCGGCAGGGCCGGACUCCCCGACGAGGGCCCCACGGCCGGAGCGGCCCCAAAGAGCCCAGGGCAGGAGGCCAACGGGGACACCAGGAAGGGCGCCCCGGGGGCCCCGAGGGACGCCGGGAAGAAGGAGGUCGGCGGCCCGGAGGCCGGCAGCUCCGAGGAGGCCAGAGCCCGGGCCGAGGGCCCCGCGGUCAGGACCAGGACGCCGUCCCCGGCCGACGGGCUGCUGAACGGGACCGGGGCCGCCGCCGUCAGGCUCAGGCGGCCCUCGCUGAACGGGGAGGCUGGCAUGGGGCCCAUCCCCCCUCCCCGGGCCCACGGGUCCUUCUCCCACGUCCGGGACGCCGACCUGCUGAAGAAGAGGCGCUCGCGGCUCCGGAGCAGCUCCUCGCUCUCUGUGGACGACGCCGAGUCCGCGGCCGCCGGGCCCUCGGAGACCCCGGCUCCAGAUCCUGCCUCAGUCUCCGCCAGCCAGAAGCCCACUGAUGCGAACCUUCCUGCCGAGGAGUCUCUGCCAAGUUCCAGUUCCAGCGUCAGUCCCAGUGAGGAGCCUGGGAUGCAGCGUUUCCAGGACACAAGCCAGUACGUGUGCGCCGAGCUUCAGGCCUUGGAACAGGAGCAGAGACAGAUCGAUGGGCGGGCGGCCCAGGUGGAGACGCAGCUGCGGAGCCUCAUGGAGACAGGUGCCAACAAGCUGCAGGAGGAGGUGCUGAUCCAGGAGUGGUUCACGCUGGUCAAUAAGAAGAACGCCCUGAUCCGGAGGCAGGACCAGCUCCAGCUCCUGAUAGAAGAACAAGACCUGGAGAGACGCUUCCAGCUCCUGAGUAGAGAACUGAGAGCCAUGAUGGCUAUUGAAGACUGGAUGAAAACGGAAGCCCAGCAGCACCGGGAGCAGCUCUUGCUGGAGGAGCUGGUGUCCUUGGUGAACCAGCGGGAUGAGCUGGUGCGGGACUUGGAUAACCGGGAGAGGACAACCCUGGCUCUUGGCCCGGCCGGACGCUGCCCCUUCUUUUCCCAGAGCCCUGGAGGAGGACGAGCGCCUGGAGCGGGGUCUGGAGCAGCGGCGUCGGAAGCUGAGUCGCCAGCUGAGCCGCCGGGAGCGCUGCCUGCUGAGCUGAGCCGGGCCGGGCAGAACCGAGCCGAGCGAAGCCGAGCCGGGCCGGGCGGGCCGCGGAUCCCCGGCCAGUCUCUUCGGGGGACCGCUCCCAUUCGGGCUGGGUGGGGGCCGAGGGUCACGCUGGGCGUCCCGGGGAUCCCUUGCCGGCGGGCGGGAUGGGCCAGGAGGCCCCGGACCUGCGCCAGGGGGUUUCCCUGCCUGGCUGGGAGCCCCGCCCCCCAGCCUCCCCGCCCCCCAGCAUCCGCUCUCCUUCGUCCCCGCCCCGCUCGUGCCUUUCAGCGUGUGGCCACCAGAGGCCGCCGUGGGCCUGGUUUGCGGCGCUGCGGGGCGUGGGGGCCCCUAGCGGUGGGCCGGCCCAGCCUCCCCCAGCCCGCCGGGCCGUAUUUAUUGCAGUGUGUGCGCGUGUCUGUGUGUCUGUCUGUGUGUGCGCGUGGGCUCUGGGCCCCGCGGGGGGGGAGGGGUGGGUGGGUGUGCGAUUGCGGAGGGAUCCCCCGAGACCUCUGGGCCCUUCGCUAAGCGAGGGGGAGGGGGCGGGGGCAGCGGGCGAUGACUCCGGGCCCUCCCCUGGCCGAGCAAAGACUGGGUUAGCCCCUCUUGUUACUGGGGGGGAGGGGCAGAACCUCCCCCUCAGACCGCACCACCCUGGCCAGCAGUUUGACCUCAAUAAAUUCUGACUGGGA